AUGAGGCACCUGCCGUACUUCUGCCGAGUUGUGUGGGGCUUCAGCCACAGCUCCAAACAGCUGGGCAUCCCCACAGCCAACUUUCCAGAACAAGUAGCUGAUAAUCUUCCAGCUGAUGUAUCCACUGGCAUUUAUUAUGGUUGGGCCAGUGUUGUAAAUGGAAAUGUUCAUAAGAUGGUGGUGAGCAUAGGAUGGAACCCAUACUACAAGAAUACAAAAAAGUCUAUGGAAACUCAUAGAAUGCAUAUCUUCAAAGAGGACUUCUAUGGGGAGAUCCUCAAUGUGGCCAUUGUUAGCUACCUCAGACCAGAAAAGAACUUCGAUUCUUCAAAAGAGAAGAAAUAAGAAUCCCUUAUUUCAGCAAUUCAAGCUGAUAUUGAGGAAGCUAAGAAACGACUAGAUUUACCAGAACAUUUGAAAUUCAAAGAAGACAAUUUCUUCCAGGUUCCUAAAAACAAAAUAAUGAAUGGCUACUGAUUAAAAAAAAA